GUAACGUUUUUUUAUCGCCUUUUGGGCCUACCAAGGCGUUUUCUCACUGUCAAACGGGAUUGUUUGUGUUGUGACAGUUGGUACUUUCUCUUUUCAGCCGCUAGUGUUAUCUUUGCGCUAUCGCAGCAGCCGUUGGUGGUCAGUGUGCCGUGAUCUGUGAUUUAGCAUUAUUGCAAACGCUACAUUCCACUGUGCAUUCCUACCUUUUUCCACCAUCGGUCGACGUAUACUCCACACCAAACACCUUUCACAGAGUAAUGUAAUCCAAUUUCCUGCAUACGGGAGAUGUUGCUAGUGGGACGAAGGAAAACGGAAACAUGGGUGCACAGCUUUUCGGUGGACGAUGAAACGCGCAAGUACAAGGGCUUCACUAUCUAUCGCAUCACUUCUAUUGUAUUUCCACGUUCACAUCCCGUAGGCCUCACCCGUGUCACCUUAUGGAAGCGUUUCAGCGAGGUGAAAAAGCUGUACAAGGAGCUUGUACGGCGCCAUCGUGAACGUCACUUGGCAGGGACGGUACCAGCAUUAGCGGAACAUUCGUACUUCAAGCGAUUUGAUCCUGCGGUUAUCGAAGAGCGCAAACGGUACAUCUUGCAGCUGUUGGAAUUUGCUGGUCAGGAACCGCUGCUGUACCGAUCUCAUGCUUUCCUGAACUUUUUCACUCGUGGCAUAGUACCGGAAAAGGAGACCCAGGAAGUAGACGUCGAACAGCGCACGGAUAGCACAGAGAAGAAAAAUGGUACGAGCAAUGAACGUGGCAAUAUAGAGACAAUAAGGAAGCAAUUAGGCAUUGGGCGUUCGGAUGAGCUUAGUCUAAUCGAUCCGAGCCGUGAUGGGCAGGAAGGAACGGGUACGGAUGGAUCGUGUACGAGCGGUGGCGAGGAAGUCGAUGAAGAAGAUACAAUCGAUGGCAAUGCGGUCACAGACAGUGGUUCCGGUACGAUACCUCCACUAGCCAUGGCUAGCAGCGGGUCACUGAUCGAUUCGUUUAUUUCUGAAACUACAUCGAGCAUAUCGGAACCGGAACAGCAACCGCAAGUACGCGAAACCAUGACAACGGAAGAGCCACCGGUUGAUUAUCUCGUAGCCGCCGCUAUGGUAUUUAGCAAGGCGGUCGAAGCAGAAGCAAACGGCGAGUAUCAGCGUGCAUUCGAACAGUACAAAGCAGGCAUCGAUCGGUUGCUAAGCGGUGCAAAGAACGAUUCAGAUGUAACGCGUCGUAAAAUCGCCAAAGAAAAGAGCUGCAAAUAUGUUGCGAAAGCGGAAGAAAUUUACGAACGGUUCUUGGAGCAAACGGUGGGAUUGCACGCGGACGAACAGCUGAUGGGUCCGCUAGUGUACGACGAUCCGAGUUCACCGAUCCAGUUGCUUGAACGACCGCUCAACUAUCUUUCACGCUACAAGGUGGUGAAGGUGAUCGGUACGGUAAUGCAGGUGCAGGACGUAACGGAUAAGAAGUUUUACAUCAUGAAAAGCAUCCGACGACCACCGCCAGCCGGUUUACCGUUUUCGAGCGCUGCCGUAUUCCCGCAGGAUGUGCCUUACAUGGUGCCACUGAUUGCCUACUUUCAGGCGACGGACGGAGGCAUUUUCUUGCUUCUGCGGCUAGUCUGUGCCGGUAAGUUGUGGGAUUUUAUCCGAUCGUAUCGAAAACCGGAGAGCUAUUGCCCUUCACCGGAAGAACCGGUGACAAAUGAAGUCAUCGAUAAUAAUAAACCCAUCGUUCCGUCAGUAACCACUGGAACGAUUGGAGAUGAAAAUGUGGCGCAAAGAGAACCAAAUUGUUCUGCAUACGAUUCGGGUUUUUUGGAUCUGGUCAAUGAAUAUAGCAACGGUGCCGACAGCAGCAGUAUUGUGAGUGAUGGAAACUCACCCAAUUUGAGCGACAGAAAUGAAGAGACGGACGAAGUGGCGUUGGAAGCACGACCGGAUGACGAGGAGAGUGAGCAGCACGGCAACCAAGAGGAGCAGGAGCUCAUAAUUCCGUCGUUCGAUGCACUUUCGAAGGAUAUGGACGUUCGGGAGUUGCUGUCCUGUAGCCAACGCCUGCUAAAAGCCGUCACACAAACGUUGGAAGAAUCCGGCGAACAUUCGAAUGCUACCGAAUCUGUUCCUGCCUUCAAGGAAAUGCCUGACACGCCUACCGAGGAGCUGCAGGAGGAAAUUAGAAAUUCUCAUUCUAGUCAAUUAGGUUUAGCGAGACUGUCAAGUAUUAGCGAAACGAUGGUUAACGAGUUGACUCCGGAUCUCCUACCGGAAGGCAGCGUUCGUCGGUGGAUUAGCGAGCUAGUUAUUGCUAUCGAUAGUUUACAUUUCAACGGUAUUGUGUGCGGCGAUCUCACCAUGGAUAAUCUCCUGCUUGGCCCCGAGGGACAGCUGAUGCUAACGUACUUUCACCGACGGGGUGAAUCGUACUUCUGCCAGUCGGGCGGUUCUCAUCCAGCUCUGAAACAAACAGCGAUUAGAGAGCUGUAUGUCGCACCGGAGCGACCACUCGAGCCCAAGUCGGACUUCUGGUCGAUCGGUGUAAUCAUGUUCGAAAUGCUGACCAAGCGUAAGUUUGUAUCGUGCCAUCCGUCGGGUGUGUUCUGCUACCAUGAGGUCCAGUACCCCGAAGGUAUAGAGCUAUCGUCUGAGGCACGCGAACUGCUGGAAGAUUUACUGCAACCGGACGUUGAACGGCGAUUAGAGUUUAAGCAAAUUAUUGCAAGUGCGUUCUUUCGCGCGGUCGACUGGAGCGAAGUGAAACGACGUGGAACCUCGAUGAAUCUCGCUUGAUGAACGGGGGAGAUACACUAAGGACAGAGACACACAACUAAUCCUUGUAGUUUGCGUGUAUGCUUGGACGUGUGCAAAUAGGAUGUGUGUAUGUAUGUUUAGGAUGCAAAAGUGAACAAUAAACAAACGAUUGAUUAUGUAUUCUCCAAA